CAGCUUUUGGUCACCCUUCGCCGCAACGGAGAAGCCAGGGAGCCAUGACCAGGAAUGAGGGCGUCUGAGACUGUCCGUGCGGGAGGUACAUGAAGGCCCACCACUCGCGUGGCCUCUGUGGGGAACCCUUCGAGCAUCGUCUCGGCGGAGGCCAGCCGUCGGCGUUCCUGGUCGUGGACCGUGUGCUGAAGGUCUCGUCGAGGGCGCAUCAGCCGAGGGCGGAAAAGAGGGCGGACCAGGCGCGGGCGGAUGCCCGUCGCAGGAGCGAGAGUCGCCGUCGAGAGAAGCCGAUGCCAGACAAAGAGGCCAAGCUGUACGUUGCGAAGAUCGCCCCCAUGACUCGUCACGAGGCGGCGGAAUACCAGACUCACCAGGAGGCCCCUCAGGGAGAUGUGCUCUUGCAGAAACGGUUCCAGGACGAGACCAGAGCCAAGGUGCUAGAGAUGGCAAGGCGGGCCAAUGAACUCGACGACGCCUACCGGUACGAUGCCAAGCUGAGCGCGCUUAGGUGUAUGGUGUGAGCAACGAUGCCGACGGAGCUACAGGUUGUCAGAGAUGAGGGUGAAGAGGGACACGGCUUCCGAGAAACUGAAAACGCGCGUGCGAGGAUUGCGACC